AUGAAGAGAAAUCAGCCGCUUUGUAUAUUUGCUUUACUGUUAAUUUUGGUUCAUCUGAUAAGCUGUCUCUCCGUAGGACUUGGUGUUUGCAAGAAGAGCGAAGAAACUCUACAAUGUUGUACAAAUUAUCGACAAGAUGGCGACUUCUGCACACCCUGUGAAAUAGGAGCAUAUGGAGAUAGCUGUACAGGAGGACCAUGUCUGUAUGGCUACUUUGGAUUUGGAUGUCUGAGUAAAUGUAACUGUACCUUUGCCCAGUACUGUGACAGGAAGAUUGGGUGUGCUUAUGAUACAGUGAAGGGAAGAACUGGAUUGAACGAACGAUCAUACAUUAGUACAGUUGUUGCUGUUAUAAUGGGAAUAAUUAUCAGUGUCGGAUCAUUUCUAGCCAUUAUUGUCUUCUUUUACAAUGAAAGAUUAAAGUGUCUACACCAGUAUUUAAGAAGAUUGGGAAGAAAUCAGACCAUAAACAAUGCUGGUCAUGAAUCUGUGCAAGAAGACUAUUCUCAUAUGACAGUGGCCUCAAACAACUACAACGCACUCCUUCUCAAUGGAAAAAUUAACGUUGUCUCCAGAAUUUACGUCACAGACGAGGAAGGAAAUUAUGAUCAAAUUUGUGCAUAUACAAGUCAAACAGAAGAAUCCUGA